AUGGUCAAAAUACUUCAUGGUCUGAAGAACGAUCUGGGGGAUGACGGGCUGAUGAUACUUGAUCCAAGCUUGGCUAUGCUAUGCUAUGCGUCUAUGAAGAUUCAGUUGUUGUACGCUGCAUUGCAGGAACCCUUGAGUCUAAAGCGGAAUUUGACAGCGACUGAGACUGUUGAUGGGUUUCAGAUCCUGCUGAUAAAGUACACUGAUGUCGGGCAGCUGGGUAUCUCUUACUAUGGGAUGAGCGAGUUUGAAAAUCUUCUGUCGGAGGUUAAUACAAGCUUCUUCAAUCCACUAAUGGACCUACCAGAUUGGCUGAAGUGA